AUGUGGGUUUAUGAUGAAGAGAAGGAAUUAAUGAUAACUAAAGAUGUGACGUUUGUACCUGGUCUAUAUAAAAUAUUUGACGAAAUUCUUGUAAAUGCUGCGGAUAAUAAACAGAGAGAUGAGAAAAUGAACACAAUUAAAAUCACCAUUGACAAAGUUCACAAUCAAAUCUCAGUAUGGAAUAAUGGUAAAGGUAUACCAGUAGUUGAACAUAAAGAAGAGAAAAUGUACGUACCUACCAUGAUAUUUGGUCAUCUUUUAACUUCCAGUAAUUAUAAUGACUUUGAGAAGAAAGUUACUGGGGGACGAAAUGGUUAUGGAGCUAAAUUGUGCAAUAUUUUCAGUACUAAAUUUACUGUAGAAACUUCUUCUUGUGAAUAUAAACGAAGUUUUCGUCAGAGUUGGCAAAAAAAUAUGAGCUUAACAAAAGAACCCACCAUCAGGGAUUCUGUCGGGGAAGAUUUUACCUGCGUCACAUUUUCACCGGACCUGUCUAAAUUUCAUAUGGAAGAAUUAGACGAUGAUAUUAUUGACAUUAUGAAACGUAGGGCGUACGAUAUCGCAGCAUCAUCGAAAGGUGUCAGGGUCAUUUUAAAUGGGAAAAAGUUACCAGUGAAAAAUUUCCGAGACUAUAUUAACUUAUUUUUGAAAGAUAAAUACGAUGAGAAUGAUCAGCCGUUAAAAGUUGUUUAUUACGAUAGUAAUCCAAGAUGGCAGGUAGCUGUUACCCUUAGUGAUAAAGGUUUUCAACAAGCUAGUUUCGUUAACAGUAUAGCUACCACAAAGGUACGUGUCAGGGUUUAA